AUGCAAGACCCAUCUCAUAAAAUUAAUCAGCUUCAAUCACCAGAGAUUAAUUCAAAUGAAUCAAGAAGAGCUAGUAUUUAUGCAAUUGACAGUGAUAAAGGUACACCUUAUGUAGUCCCCGAUUCACAAUUUCCUCCAUUUUCAUCAGAAAUAGGGUCCGAUGAUAUUAUUCUCAAUCAAGCACCAGAGAUGGGCAACGAAUCAGAUGAAGACCAUAACAAGCGAACAGUAUGGACAGUGGCAGAUGAUAAUCUCCUUGCAGCGGGCUACACAAUUAUGAGUGAAGAUUCAGUAGUUGGUAAUGCCCAGAAGAGUGAGUCAUUUUGGAAACGAGUUGUGACAUACUUCAAUACCAAUCGAGCUAAAGGAGCUAAAAAGAAAACUGCGGAGAAAGCAAAAUCACAUUGGGCUUCAUUGAAAAAGAUCGUAAAUAGAUACAAUGGAAUAUACAAUAAAUGGUAUAAUGAUCGACCAAGCGGAUGGAGUGAUGAGGAUUUGAUGGUGCGAGCUUAUGAAGAAUACAAGAGUACUUUUAAAACUACUUUCCAAUAUGAGUAUGUGUGGAGAAUCGUGAAAGAUAGUCCUAUGUAUGCUCCUCAAUCCUCAGAUCGACGGGCAACAAAAAAAGCAAGAACAUCAGAAUCAUCAGGUGCACAUACUGACUCUUCUAAUCCUAAUACAACUGCUGAUAUAGAUGAUAGAGAAAUCCGAUUUCGUCCAAUGGGACAGAAGGCAGCAAAGAGGAAAUGCAAAGAAAGAGUAGACCUACUUGAUGAAUUGAAUCAGGCUAUGCAACAAUCAAUGGCGCAGUUGGAAGAGUAUAAUAACAAUAAGAAAGUUGAUCAACUCAUCCAAGCACAUCAACUCCUCGUAAUGGACACACGAGGUAUGACUGAUGAACAACUUCAAAAUCAUCUAGCGAUAUGUGAACAACUAAAGAAAAAAUUGAACAUGUAG